UCUCCUAGCUACUGCUAGGCAAAGGGUCUAGGCCGAGUAAGCCGAGUGACGAACUUAGCUGAUGCAACCUGACGGGACUCGCGUGACAGUUCCCGGCACGCGGCGGCGGCGGCGACAGAGGAAGGGGCGCGGGUGCCGGUCGAGUGCGGGAAGUAGGGGUGACGGAGACAUGGGGGAUGCUCCCAGCCCGGAAGAAAAACUGCAGCUUAUCACCCGGAACUUGCAGGAGGUUCUGGGGGAAGAGAAAUUAAAAGAGAUACUGAAGGAACGGGAACUUAAAGUUUACUGGGGAACAGCAACCACAGGCAGGCCACAUGUGGCUUACUUUGUGCCCAUGUCCAAGAUUGCCGACUUCUUGAAGGCUGGAUGUGAGGUAACCAUUCUGUUUGCGGAUCUUCAUGCAUACCUGGAUAACAUGAAAGCCCCAUGGGAACUUCUAGAACUCAGAACCAGUUUCUAUGAGAACAUGAUCAAAGCAAUGCUGGAGAGCAUUGGCGUGCCUUUGGAAAAGCUCAAGUUCAUCAAAGGCACCGAUUACCAGCUCAGCAAAGAGUACACACUGGAUAUGUACAGGCUGUCUUCCAUGGUCACACAACACGAUGCCAAGAAGGCUGGAGCUGAGGUGGUAAAGCAGGUGGAACACCCUUUGCUGAGUGGUCUGUUGUACCCUGGACUGCAGGCUUUGGAUGAAGAGUAUUUAAAAGUAGAUGCUCAAUUUGGAGGUGUUGAUCAGAGAAAAAUAUUCACCUUUUCUGAGAAGUACCUUCCUGCACUUGGCUACUCAAAACGGAUCCAUCUGAUGAAUCCAAUGGUCCCAGGAUUAACUGGGAGCAAAAUGAGUUCUUCAGAGGAGGAGUCCAAGAUUGAUCUCCUUGAUCGAAAGGAAGAUGUAAAGAAAAAAUUGAAGAAGGCCUUCUGUGAGCCGGGCAAUGUGGAGAAUAACGGGGUUCUGUCCUUUAUCAAGCACGUCCUCUUUCCUCUCAAGUCUGAGUUUGUGAUCCUUCGAGAUGAGAAAUGGGGUGGAAAUAAAACCUACACUGCUUACCUAGACCUGGAGAAGGACUUUGCUGGUGAGGUUGUACAUCCAGGAGACCUGAAGAAUUCUGUUGAAGUUGCCCUAAACAAGCUUCUAGAUCCCAUUCGGGAGAAGUUUAAUGCCCCUGUGCUGAAGAAGCUGGCCAGUGCUGCCUACCCAGAUCCCUCAAAGCAGAAACCCACUGCCAAAGGCCCAGCCAAGAAUUCAGAACCAGAGGAGAUCAUUCCAUCCCGGCUGGAUAUCCGUGUGGGGAAAAUCAUCAGUAUAGACAAGCAUCCAGAUGCAGACAGCUUGUAUGUGGAGAAGAUCGAUGUGGGGGAAGCUGCACCACGGACAGUGGUGAGCGGCCUGGUGCAGUUUGUGGCCAAAGAGAUGCUGCAGGACAGACUGGUGGUGGUGCUCUGCAACCUAAAACCCCAGAAGAUGAGAGGAGUCGAGUCCCAAGGCAUGCUUCUGUGUGCUUCUGUAGAAGGUCCAAGCCGCCAGGUUGAACCUCUAGACCCUCCUACAGGCUCUGCUCCUGGUGAGCGAGUGUUUGUGAAGGGUUUUGAGAAAGGCCAGCCAGAUGAGGAGCUCAAGCCCAAGAAGAAAGUCUUCGAGAAGUUACAGGCUGACUUCAAGAUUUCUGAGGAGUGCAUUGCACAGUGGAAGCAAACCAACUUCAUGACCAAGCUGGGGUGCAUCUCCUGUAAAUCGCUGAAAGGGGGGAACAUUAGCUAGCCCACCGGGCGUCCUCCUCCCUUUCCACUCUCCCAAGUCAUUGUGGCCUCCUCGGUGUGCUGCAUCCAUCACCCAUCGCUAUCUCUCAGGACAGUGACGCAGCAGGUCUGGGACUUUGGCAGUGCUCCACUCCCGAAGGAGCAGUCACCUCCCGGAGUGCAGGCUCCUCCUGUCCAGGUGGUGAGACUGACCACAGCUCGCAAGGAAGGCUGGGCAGCAGCAGGAACCUAGCGCUACCUUCUUCCCUUGGCAACUGACUGGAAAAUUCUGGUUUCAAUAUAACUCAUAGAAAAAGUUUAUGCCACAAUCCUUGUAAUUGGAAAAACAUUGGUUCCCAAGUGUUCUUGGAGUUAUCCCAGCAGCUGUGCCUCUAGCUGGGAUCUAGUGCUUGGAUUGGGCUAAUUAUGGCCUCUCCCCAACAGGAAAUUGUGGGAUUUGAAAAGGAAAGAGGAGGGAAAAAGAGAACCAGUUGUUUACUAGUGGUUGGCAGCUUUCUCCAUGCCUGUCUGCCCUGUGGCUCAGUGGUGUCAGGAGGAAGGGCCUGCCCCAGGGAUCUGAAACCGGCCGUUUUGUUAGCGUCAGGGUAAGACAGAACAGCCUGUUUCUUUCUCCAGAGAGGGUGGGCACUUCUUCAUAAGGCAUCUUAAAUCACUAACCAUUACUGUCAGAUUCAAAUAAAGUGUUUCACCAAGG